ACGAAGGGUGACAUCUACGUUCGCCUCCUUGAAUUUUGCCUUAGGAAGAUGCCGUAGUCAAUUUGUUAAUCUGUAUCCCAGUCGCAGAAUGUUAAGAAUUCUUCGUGGUUCUUUUGGCCCUGGCUGCCAGGCAUGCCUAAAGAAUCACAUGAAGGCGUGCGCGGAUGCACAGAAAACACUGGCCCACAAGAGGGCGCUACUUACCUACACUGGUUUGGCGGGGAAGAACUCUGCGCUACACUUUACACAGAACCACCAGCCCUCAGGGUAUAGGCAAACCACUUCAUCCUUGGGGUACACUAGGAGUGUUCUGUUAAAGAGCACAUUACUAUCAGUUGGGGGUGUUAGACAUGUGAAUACCAAACAACAGUACAAAAUACCAAAGGUGCUGAAGAUUGGCCAAUCCACAGUGGCAAUGGGACGCGGGCUGAUAACACUUGUACUGGGAACUGCCACCACACUCAUAAUAGUGAAGACAUAUGUAUUAUGGAAAGACAAGGUACCAGAUAUGGGCUGGGUGAAACCUACCAUGGAGAAGUGGAAAAGCAACACGGUGAAGUCUCUGAGGACGGCUUCGGAGAUUACUUCAAGGACGUUGGCCACCAUGUCUAAUGAUGCUGCCAGUCUAAUGGUCACCGUAAAGAAUAAUUUGCCAGGGUUGUCAUCUCUGAGGGAUGCUUUAGAAAAUAUGUCAGACAAGGGAGAAAUAGGGAAGAAGCAACAUUUAACAACCUCAGGCAAAGAUUUAACCUUAGACACUCCAGGAUCAAUUUCUGUAUUUAAUGCUAUGGCAACUCCAACAGAUUACGACAAAGCUGCUGAAAAACCAAAGACAGAGAAACAGAGGCUGGAGGCAGCCCAGGAAGAGAUGAUGCAGGUUCAGCUGAGGUACCAGAAGGAGGUUGAGAGAUUGGAGAAAGAAAACAGGGAGCUGAAGAAACAGCUGUUGCUACUGAAAUCACAGAAGACGGGCAAAAAGAGGACCAUGAAGGUGGGUAGAGCUUGA